AUGGGGUUUCAUAAUAUGUUUGUUGUAGAUGCGGAAGGACACCGAGGGGGUCUGGCAUUACUGUGGCAUGAGGCUGUUGAUCUGGAAGUAACAGAGUAUUCAUCGAAUCACAUAGAAGUAACAAAGUAUUCAUCGAAUCACAUAGAAGUAACAGAGUAUUCAUCGAAUCACAUAGAUACAACGAGUGAGAAGAGGGGACGCAAUCCACGUCCAAAUUGGUUGAUCACGGGUUUCAGGGAAGCGGUAGCGGAUUGCGGACUUGUGGACUUCGCGUUUACAGACCGUUGUCGGGAGAUUGUUGAUAAUAGUUGGGGCCGUACUCUGGGCUUAAGUGUGUUAGAUCGAAUUGAGGCAUGUGGACAGGACAUUUGGAGGUGGGGGAGAUCGUAUAAUAAAGAGUUUCAGCGUAAUAUAGAUGGCUGCAAGGCUCGGUUAGAGAGGCUGAGGAUGCGUCGAGAUGUCGCAGGGUUGGAGCAGUAUUCGAGGGUUAAAAGGCAGUGGUUGUCGUUGCUUGACCAGCAACAAGCGUAUUGGAAAAAGCGUGCUAAAGAGCACUGGUACCGGGGUGGCGACCUUAACACAAGGUUUUUCCACAAUUCGGUGCAAACGCGGAAACGACGAAAUCUAAUCAAGCAGCUAAGAAGAGAUGAUGGUAGUCUGGUGGAUACGGUUGAAGCCAUGGGGGAAGGCAUGGGGGAGGUAAUGGUCAAUUAUUUUAUCAAUUUGUUUACUACCUCUCACAGUGACAUGGAAGGGGUCUUGGAUUGUAUAACAUCUUGUCUUGAGCAAUCCGAAAAUGUGAAGCUGUUAAGAGUGGUUAGUGGGAGGAGACAGUUUAUCCAAACAGCUAAGUUGCCAGCUAAAGCUAAUGACACUUUUAUAGUGUUGAUUCCGAAGAAGGCCAACCCAGAUGUGAUGAAAGAUCUCCGACCAAUAGCAUUAUGCAAUGUGUUAUAUAAGAUAGCGGCCAAAGUGUGUGCCAACCGUAUGAAGUCGAUGCUUGAGGGGCUAAUAAAUGGGGCUCAGAGUGCCUUUAUUCCGGGGCGGUUAUAA